GGAAGGAAGGAAGGAAGGAAGGAAAGAAGGAAGGAAAGAAAGAGUGGUAAGGGCAAACGAAGCGCACAGAGAAGUCCGUAGAUAGGAUCAGAUGUGUGUGGUCCACCGCUUUGCUCUUUAUAAGACUUAUGUAAGCCAGGAUGCGCGAGGGCCAAGAAAGAGAAAGAGAAAGAGAAGCACGGUGACCGUGGGUGUAAGAGAGAGAAAGAGAGAGAGAGAGAGAGAGAGAGAGAGAGAGAACGGUCCAUGCUCGUUAGCGGCUCGCGACAAACACCGUAGGGCUGCUGCCGCCGCCAUAGGUACAUAGGGUUACACGCCUCUCCAUAUAGCGAUGCAAUUCGAUCACGAAAACGUUUUCAACUUGCUGGUACAAGUAUACGGUGCGAAUCAAGAGAUACGUGAUUACAGUGGUAAGAAAGCCAGACAGUAUUUAGUUUCUCAAGAGGCAGCAGUUAGCCAGGACACCUUCCGCAAAAUAAAAGCAAGGAAAAAGCAUGCAGAGAAAGAUCUUGGUUUCCUACGAAUUGGCUCGUUGAACGUACGCGUGAAACGUACGACGGAAGCAUUCAGCCAGUUUCUGGGUGUGGCAACUAGUAGCAGCAACAGCAACAACAACAAUGAAAAGAUUCAUAAGUCUUGGGGUUCGGCGGAUAACGUACAGAAAUUAGAUCAGAAAGUAAUGCCACCGCCAAAAUAUGCGCCAGUUAAAAAACGAAGAAGUAGAAGAACCCAAGAUUUCUCUAGGGGUCAACAACAGCAAGCUGCAAGUCAACCAAAUACGCCAGUACUUCAGGGUAAAGCGACGAACAGACAAAACCAGAUCGGUAAUCGUCGGCCAACUUCAACGUCGUCCGUCAAUUCUGCCAUUCCUACAAAUCAACAAAAUAAUGAUUCCGAUUCUGACACGGCAUGUGGUUUCGAUUCCGCAUGGCGUGGAUCCGCGCAACUCUAAAAAAAAAAAUUUUACACAUGUAAAUGUAAUUUAUGAAGAAAAAUCCAUUAUCCAUACUUACAAUUAACAUAUAUAAUACAAUAUAAUAUUUUUAUUAAUACAAUGAUCACACUUAAAUCAAAAUAUUUAAGUGUCAUCACAAUUAUUAUAUCUUUAUUUCGUUUUUCUUUUUUUUCCUUAAAUAAUGUUCUUGAUUU